AUGAAGCUGAGUGUCAAGCUGUCAAAACAAACCAUCCCAAAUCACCAACAGCAAUCACAACCUCGUAACAACUUUCAAACUACCGCCAAGGUGCCCGUGUCCUGGACUCCAGAGAACGAGCGCAAGCUCCAAAUUGUCCACGCCGUCAACAACAAAGAUAUUGACGCGACUGAAAUCGCCACCCAUUUCCAUGGCGCUCCACCCCGAGCCAUCACGCCACAUCUUGGAAUCCUCCGCGAAGACGGCAAAGCCCUCCCUCCCCCCCCGGGCGCCCCUAUCGUCGCAGGCACCGCAAACGCGGCGCUGCUGAGUUUGCACACGAGGGGGGUGGAGCGACGGGUGUGGAAUUAUGGAAGAAGAAGUGGGUGA